GCCGCCCUGGCCCUGCUGCUGGCCGGCCGCGGCGGUUACGAUGCUUUGAGCUACUCUGUGGAAAAUGAUGGCAAGUGGAGCGGGAGACAGCUACUGCAAGCAAAUGAGGACAACACGACGGAAGUCCCAGGGGAUGGGGGGAAGCAGAAUGUCAGAAAUUGCACUGAACCAGCUCUCCAUGAAUUCCCCAAUGACAUCUUCACGAACGAGGACAGGAGGCAUGGAGCUGUCAUCCUGCAUGUCAUUUGUGCCAUGUAUAUGUUUUAUGCUUUGGCAAUUGUCUGCGAUGAUUUCUUUGUCCCUUCAUUGGAAAAGAUUUGUGAACGCUUGCAUCUUAGUGAAGAUGUGGCUGGGGCGACUUUCAUGGCAGCUGGAAGCUCUGCUCCAGAGUUGUUUACAUCUGUCAUAGGUGUUUUUAUCACAAAAGGAGACGUAGGCGUUGGAACCAUCGUAGGCUCUGCUGUAUUUAACAUUCUCUGUAUUAUUGGUGUGUGUGGGCUGUUUGCAGGACAGGUUGUUGCACUGUCAUCAUGGAGUCUCUUGAGAGAUUCAAUCUACUAUACACUGUCUGUUGUUGCACUCAUUGUGUUUAUUUACGACGAAAAGGUUUCCUGGUGGGAGUCCUUGGUCUUGGUGCUGAUGUAUGCCAUCUACAUUGUUAUCAUGAAGUACAACUCUACCAUACAACACUGCUUGGAAAGGAAGACAAAAAACGCUGCAAACAUGGUGAACGGAUUGGCAAAUAACACGGAAAUGGAUGAUAACAGCAACUGCGAUGCCACAGUGGUGUUACUAAAGAAAGGGAAUUUCCACCGUAAAGCCUCAGUGAUCAUGGUGGAUGAGCUGCUGUCUGCUUACCCACACCAGCUUUCAUUUUCUGAGGCUGGGCUCCGGAUCAUGAUAACCAGCCACUUUCCUCCCAAAACACGUCUCUCCAUGGCCAGCCGCAUGCUCAUCAAUGAGAGACAAAGACUGAUCAACAGCAGGACUUACACCAACGGUGAAUCAGAAGUAGCAAUCAAAAUACCUAUCAAGCACGUUGUGGAGAAUGGAACAGGUCCAAGCAACUCGUCUGAGCGGGGCGUGAAUGGCACACGGCGAGACGAGGACGUGGCUGAGGCUGGCAAUGAGACAGAGAAUGAGAAUGAGGAUAAUGAGAACAAUGAAAAUGAUGAGGAAGAGGAAGAAGAUGAUGACGAUGAUGACCAUGAAGGGCCGUACACACCUUUUGACCUACCCACUGGCAAAAUGGAAAUCUUGAAGUGGCUCUUCACGUGGCCGUUGAGCUUUGUGCUGUAUUUCACAGUGCCCAACUGUAACAAACCCCACUUGGAGAAAUGGUUCAUGGUUACCUUUGCUUCUUCUACCCUCUGGAUUGCAGCUUUCUCCUACAUGAUGGUGUGGAUGGUGACAAUCAUUGGCUACACGCUGGGAAUUCCAGAUGUGAUAAUGGGUAUCACUUUCUUGGCUGCAGGAACCAGCGUGCCAGACUGCAUGGCAAGCCUCAUCGUAGCAAGGCAAGGUAUGGGGGAUAUGGCCGUGUCCAACUCCAUUGGAAGCAAUGUUUUUGAUAUUUUAAUCGGCCUAGGCCUCCCGUGGGCUUUGCAGACCCUAGCAGUGAAUUAUGGAUCAUACAUCCGGUUAAACAGCAGAGGACUCAUCUAUUCUGUUGGUCUCUUGCUGGCAUCUGUUUUUGUCACAGUUUUCGGCGUGCACAUGAACAAAUGGAAACUGGAUAAGAAGCUAGGGUGCGUGUGCCUUUCCCUGUAUGGCAUCUUCCUGUGUUUCUCCAUCAUGACAGAAUUCAAUGUUUUCACUUUUGUGAACUUGCCCAUGUGCAGAGAUCACUAACGCACAUUGCAGACUGUCAGGAGGGACGUCCUUCUUACCUGUGCAAUACAAACCACGGCUGGCAUCUCCUGAAAGCGGUGCACCUCCAAGUCGUGAAGUAUAUCCUGUCCAUAGGACCUGUGCCCCAUCUCGGUUUACCCUCUCCCUGACCCCCACAACCUGGAAAAAAAUCCUGCAUCGAUGUGAAGAUGAUAUUUUUUCUUUUCUUUUUUUUUUUUUUUCAACAUUCAUGUGAUUUCUUAGCUCAGUUUUUGGACAGUGACUGGUCUCUAGAUGAACUGGCUGCUAACUGGCAUCAAGCCAGGCAAAACUGGUCUGCUACAAUUCCUUUUUUAAGUUAUUUGAUGGAAGACUAAUCUAAUUUAUGUCUUAAAGACUAUUGCUACAAUGCAGAAGAGGGUACAUCAUACAGGGGCUGAUUUUCGAGGAGAAUUCUGGGAUUUUUUUUGGUUGUGUUUUUCUUUUUUUUUUUCUUGUUGUUGUUGUUUGUUUUGGUUGUGGUUUUUUAUUGCCUGAGAUCAACAUCCUGUGUUGCAGCUUCUCCUUCUGAGCUCCGGGUCUCCUGUAACGAUCCAAAAGUCACAGGGCAGUGUAAUAUGGGAGUUUAAUUCAAGGUACUCAACAUACGAGUGGAUUGACUGCUUAUUCAGAGAAGACUGUCAAGGCAACAGACAGUGACUGCACCGUAAAUCACGAAUCCUGUACAGGUGUGAUGAGGAAUGGAAGGUAAACACGGACUUAAAGGAUAAACACUGCUACUAUUUUGUUAUUGGUGUCGGCGUUUUAUUAAUAGGGUGUUUGUGGUAUUUCCAAGCAAUAGUUUGAUUGCCAGCCCAGCAGGGCUACCGAGGAGACGUCCUGUUUUUCUGUCAUCUACACCUGGAAACGGAAGGUCAGAACUUUAUUUGCUUCAUCAGAUUUCUUGUAGUUUUGGGGGGAUUCUAUAGUUCACGUCUUAUUUGUUCUGAGGACAUCAGUACGUGUCAAAACUUUUCUAAAUGAGUUACAGACACUGGUUUCUUUAAAAGGAAAGAGGCGUAUUUUGCACAGACACAGUUACUGAAGUCAUUGUUUGCCACUCUUCAAAGAAUACACUGGACCUGGCCAGAUAUUUGUCUUUUUCUUAAACAGUUGAACUUCUCUGAUGGCAGAUCAUGUGGAUUCGUCACACCUCCUCUGGGAGGGAAGAAGAUGGAGAGAGAGAUGGCACUUUUAAAAUGUGUAAUAUCUACAACGCAGACUCGCUCACAAAUCUUAAGUUAUUGUGAAAAUUUAGCUAUUCAUUGUUCCAGUAUCCUUGCUAGAUUUUGUAUAAUUCUGUAUUAAUACACAGGCAGAUCCAGCCCCAUCAGGAACACUACCACGGCUACAUUUGUUUGUAUUGAUACUGUGGAUUCUUGCCAGCGCUGGCUGUUGUAUUUACUUUAAGCACUGAUCACUUCUGAUUCAUUUUUUCCCCGUUCUUGUGUAUGUUCUACUACAAGUGUGUUAAUAUAAUACCAACUAGAUGAAUGUUUUUGUCUAUGGUACAAGCAAUGGCAAAUAUUGGUAAUAAAGACAUAGCAAACCCUAGGUUUAAAAAAAAAACAUGAAACGAAACCAUAGAACCCUCCUAAACCUUAGCAAAAGAAAAAAACUUAAAGCUAAACUUAAAAAAAAACCCGUCCUAUGCACAAUGAUAAAUCCAGUUAUCAAUUUGUUUUCACUUUCGGACGUUUGUUUCUGCUUACUUUUCUUUGGAACAGAGUGAUGUAAAUCAAAAUAUUUACACCCCGUGGCUUCCAUUCAGCUCUGCACCUUCUUUUCUUUCUUGGUUAUGCUAAAUGCGUGGAUCCUUUGGCAGCCAUUGCACCGUGCCCAUUGGAGAAGUCCAUCAGAAAAAGCCAUGACCUGCUGGCCUCAGCAAAUAACGCAUACUUGUGGAUCCCUGGCAAGAAGAUGGGUGGGCCCAGGGACAGAGAACAGAGCCAUUGGCAUGCCUGUGGUAUCACUGCUAAUUCUGGAAAAUAGUUGUCUUGCUACCUGUUGAGCCAUGCAGCCUGUUGUUGGAGCAGUCUUCUCAUAAGUGUGCCCAUGUUAGGAAGCCCAUUGUACCUUCUUGUUGCUUUUUUUUUGUGUGUGUGUGGUCGUUUCUUUCCUUCUGUGUUAAUGAGAUUAAUAAUAACCACUAAAAUGCCUAAAGUACUUCCUCAAAUGCAACAACGUUAGCAACGAUGUGGCACAUUUCAGUAAAAUCCACCCCACAAAUACACAGCUAUACUCCUUGUAGCAGGAUGCAGUUGUUUGGAAGCAGAGUGUUUUCCUUGCUGACAGAAGGAACAGAUUUGGGGGAAAACAAAACAAAAGUUCCACGUCAGGGCCUACGGGGCCUAUUAUUACUUCUAUUUUGAGUAUUUAUACUGCUGCUCCAAUGGAGCCAGUUGGAUCUAUUUCUACGAAAUAGCUGUUACCUAUCCCACGGCACAAAAACCGCAGGAGUAUUUUUUUAGGAGCCUUUCCUACUGGUGUGCAUUAAAUACUGUAGCGUCUCAUAGCUUUGUGUUGCGCGUGAAACCUGACGUUUCUUUUGAAGCUUGUGCAUUGAGCAGGGAUGUUCUGCCAACUGUUUGCUCUGAGCAGAAGCAGAAGGUAUGUUGGACUGCCGGUAUCUGUGCCAUAAACGACGUGAUAAGCACUUCCUGUGCUGAUAGUUCCAGAGAGAUGCGCUUACGAUUUGCAACCAGAUCGACCAGUGCAGACCUGGUUUGGAACAGAAAAGACCAACUGAAUGUUUUUUUGUCUCCACAGAGGAGAGCCUGUCCAGUUUGUUAGCUUGUGGAAAAGUCCCCAAAGCAAAAACUUAGGCAAUUUUUGUAGCGUCCACCCAGAACUCAGACAGUUCUGCUGACACGCAGGGUGUGUUAAUAGCUUUACUUGAUGGAGCAGAGGGGCUCUUUCCCUCCCGAGAUGCAGGCUGCGUGGGGGAAGGCACACGGGCACAGAGCACCUCAGUGACUGCCCACGUGGGGCAGGGAGGUUAUGGGACGCCUGGCAGCAGUGCCGUGGGCUUGGGGCACUGGGCUCAGAUGUGGUUUGGAACGCAGCAGUGAUUCGGAUUCACUUUUUGCUCUUCCAAAAGCAAGGGUCAGCUUUAAGCUUGAGGCCGCUCUGGUCUUGGGACCAGUCAGGUGUUUCUGAUUCCAUUCCUGGCGGUUUCAGGCAAUCCUUAGUGAAUGUUUCAAAGGGAGAUGAAAGAGCCUUUUCCUCAGCUCGCUCCAACCUGAUUUUGUCCCAGCUGGUGUUAAAAUGUGACCCCUCAUGCUCAGCAUGACGGUGCCUUCCUUGCACGGUGGUUCAAAGGUAGAAUGACAGGGGGGAGGUCUUAAGGCAUGCAGAAACUGCUUUUGUCCCUACCAAAGCUGAAUUAUGAUCAUGUUUUGUCUUUUUUGACACAGUGCACUUUUUGGUAGAUCGUUACUGCUGUAGGAACACCAAUCUGAAGUGUGUGCAUGAGAAGAGAUUUUCACUGAUGUAAUUGGUGUUUCGUUUUGGGUUUUUUCUUUCCCCUCUGUGUUUACACUUGCCUGCCUUGUUUUCAGCUUCCUGUCCACAGCUACGUCAUCGAAAUUAAUUACCAUGCUUUGGAUUUGUGAUGUUUGUGCCUGUGAAAACGAAUGCUCAUCCUUACCGUUCAAGAUGCAUGACUGGCUUUUUGUUUUAUCUUAAGAACAAACAGUCUUUUAGAACGGCAACAUUCAAUGUAGCUGGAGCAACCUGAGGGUAAUAUUUACUAUUCUGCUGUCAGACGAGCAAUUUUUAUAUGAUCUUUCCAAAUAACCACAUUAAUGCUUAUAAGACACAGUGUAGACUGAAUAUUGUUGGAUAGCCUUUGAGAGAAUGCUAACUUUCUGCUGACUGACAAAUGUUUCUUAUUUAAUUAUUUUUUUUAAAGCCCUGAUAGCUUUCAUUGAAGCUUGCUGAGAUGCAGAAGCGUCAGGUGUAUCUGUUUCAAAGUUUUAGUACUGGAAAGUUAAAGCUGUUUAAAUAUGUACUUUAAAACUCAGUCUCAAUGGACCCUGCGUAGCUGGAUUUAAAACUGCUCUGUAUUCAUGGCACUGCACUUGGUCAGCAACCAAUGUAGGUUGUGCUAAAACAGAGUUAAGCCCAGGGACGUCGGCCCAUGUUAUGUUUUGUACAGAUUUGUCCACGUGGGUUCAAAGCCCUGUUUUUAAGGAACGUAUACACAAGACCUCAGCCACUUUUCUUCAAAUUAGAGAAGGAGUGAGUGUCCCAAGUCUAAUGCAAGCCUUAAAGUAAGAUUGAGUGAAAACUGACCUCUACUGAAAGUAACAACAAAACUCCAAUGAUUUAUUUCAGGGUCAGUAUACAUAUUCACAGCAGUAAGUCCUGAAAAGGACUGUUGUUCUGUGUCUUUGUAAAGAUGAAUGAACUCUUUGUUUUCUUUUUGGAAUAGAUGAAUGAAUACCUAUUAAUGGCUAGACACCUCUAAGGAGAUCUAUGUGAAUAUUCUGUUCGUAGCAAGCCUUUAAUGGCCUCUCAUUUGAAGCGUAUUUUGUAGGUGCAUCAACUUCCACCCAGCCUGCUCUGAGUUGUUGGACUGAAUCUCCAGAAUCCAUAUCAGGUGUGGGCAAAUCCAUGCCUUAUGGAAAAGUUUUCUUUAUUCACAGGAAAGCAAUCAGGGAAGAUAAUAGCAAUUUCUUUCAUUGAACACCAGCAGAUAAAGUUUGGUUCUAAAAUCUAUAGUUUACCACCCUGAAUAAGCCUGAGAUCAUGGCCAAGUUGUCAAAGCUAAAUAUCCCCGGUGAAGGGACGAGAAAACAAGACCUAGAGGGAACAAUCGAGGGAACUGGGAUUGUUUUGUGUGGAGGAGGGUGAGGGGAGAUCUCAUCGCUCUUUAUAACUACCAGAAAGGAGGUUGUAGAGGGCUCACUUCUCAGGUGACAACUGGUAGGACAUGAGGAAGCAGACUCAGCUUGUGCCAGGUGAGAUUAGAUUAGAGACCAUGCAAAAGGUGGUGAGGAACAGGCUGUUCAGGGAGGUGGAGUCCCUGGCAGUGUGUGAGAGAUGUGUGGACAUGGUGCUUAGGUACGUGGUUUAGCUGCAGACUUGGUAACGUCAGGUGAUGGUUGGAUCUGAUCAUCUUCUGCCUGUGUCUUUCCCAACCUAUGUGAUUCUAUGGAAUGGUUGUGGUUUAACCCAGCAAGCAGCUAAACACCACACAGCCUCUCGCUCCCUGCCUCCCAGUGAGAUGGCCAAAUUCCAGCCAGUCCCUGAGCAGUGGCUGCCCCCGACCAGCUCUUAGCCUUAUAGGCUUCUCACACGAUGCCAUAUGGUGUGGAAUAUCCCUUUGGCCAGUUUAGGUCAGCUGUCCUGGUUCUGUCCCAUCUCAGCUUCUUGUGCCCUCCAGCCUCCUUGCUGACAGGACAGUACUGAAAAACUGAAAUAUCUGUGGCUCUGUACAGCUCUGCUCAGCAACAAGUAAACCUCAAUGUGUUACCAAGAUUGUUUUUCUCCUAAAACCAAAUCAGCCCCACAACAGGCACUAUGAAGAAAAUCUGCUCUGUCCCAGCUGAAAUCAGGGCAGAAACUAGGGCAGAAGCAUCUGAUUUCAGGGAAGCCUCUUAAAAAGCACAACUUGCAUAAAGCUCCAGAUUUUGUAAUGUCUUUAUGUUGUUAAAUUUAUUGUGGUAUAUUUUAGGUGAGUUUUAUUUUACUUUUUCUAAUAGCCUCGCAGAACAAGUUUUAAUACUUCCACACUGAAACAAUCUGACGGCUGUCCUGUCAGUGUAAUCUUCAUUCAUCAGGUAGAGUUUAAAUGGUGCCAGAAAUCAGCAUAGGAAUUUUAUAUCAACAGUUGCACGUCAACUUUUUCUUGCCAGGUGCAGGAAACAAAGUGUAACGGUGCAUGGCUGAACCUAUGAGGACAGUGGUAGCUGAUGAUGGAUUAAUUCAGAUAUUGAGCUUUUGCCUUUGAGGUUUCCCAUCAGCACAUCUGGCAGAUAAGGCAGGCAGCUUGGCUUCCCAGCAAAAUAAUUCCCACUGCUGGAUGUUUCAUUAAUCUGAUCUCGUGUUAUAAUGAAGGAAGGGGCCUGCUGGUACCCCCCUUUGUCAAUGAAACACUGGAGACCUGCUUAACUCGAAACUCAUACUUCGUGCAGAAGUCUGUGUAUUGAAAGAUAAGCACAUGCUGAAGUGUUUCAAUGCAAAGCUCAUUUUAAUGAAUCCAGCUCUUUGGCAUCACCAUUAAGUGCUCAGCAAAAGCAGCACUUACUCAGAGUGAAGGCUCUCAUCAGGAGCAGCUGCAGCAAAAUGUUCCCAUUUGAAGAGGCCGGCAGGUGAAAUUGUGUGUGAUUAACGAGCAGAUAACUCUGAUGAGGAGGGCCUGUAUCAAACGUGCCUUGGAUUAAAAUACAGAAAGUGACUUUGAAAAGUCUGUAAAACUUCUAUAAACUGUUCGCUAGCAGGCUGCUACUGAGAAGAUUUUUAUUACUGAUGCAGUUUAGGAAAGUAGAUCUGGGGGCACAAAGUGUGGUUGCCUCCAGGACCUUCCUAUGUGAACAGAAUUGUGCUGUUGACUGCUCUUGAGCAAGCACUCGAAAUUAAGUUGGAAACUGUGCUGCAAAAACAUGCUUUAUAUCCUGACUUUGAGUUCUGCUCAAAGUCAAAGCAACAAACAGGUGUUUGUUUAAGGAGAGCAGUUAUUUGGAUGGGAAAAUCUGUCUGGGACCAGGACACUGUAUGGGAGGACUUGUGAUAGAGAUGAGAUGCACAGGUACUGUAUAGAUGUUGGGAGGUGGGAUGAAGUCUUUUUCAAGGGUCAACAAUCCCGUAAACCCCACAGCCUGCUAGUUUGCUUAGGAUUUUGGUUUGCUCCUUUUGUUACAAGGAUUCAGGAUUUUGCUUCCCCUCUCAGAAGUUGAAACCCUCUGCCUUUGAAGCUGACCCCUGUCCUGCUUCCCUAACACAAAAUUGGCACCCUGGGCUAACAGAAAUAGGGUGUAGUUUUUGACCUGGUAAAUCGAUGGGAGAAAAUGCGAGGGGAUCUUUGUGUGGCAUAUGGUUGAACUUGAACCUCCAGACUGCAAGACAGAGUAAGCCUACAGUCUGCCCUACAAUGCCCCACGCCACCAAAAUAGCCAAAUGAUGGGGCAGGGAAGACUUUUAAUAGGAUGCCUUCUAAAAGGCUCUUCAAAGGGAAUUGUGUGUGUGAGGAUAUUGUAUAUCUUCAGUGCCCUCGUUACUUACUGGCUUGCAAAUAUACUGUACUCACCCUGCCAGCUGCAAAAAUGAAUGAAAUGGAUACAGCCCUGUUUGAUUUCUGUUACGGAGUGAAACUCAUCAUGCACUAAACAUAACUGAGCUGAGUAGGUGGUUCUAUGUAGGUCGCUCUGAAAGUAACGCUUCCUAUUUAUUCCCAUGGAAACUGUAACAAAGAGUACGAUAAUGCUGUUUGAUAGAGCACGUUCUCAGCUACGAAAUGCUAUUUUUCAACAUUGUCACCAUUAGCUGUGCAUUUUCACCAGUGAUAAACAAGAGCCUGUAGGCCACACUCAUAAAAAUCUGCACCAGUGGAAGUGACCACUGUUGCUGGCACCACUGCUGACGUGCACCACCCAGCCCUCACUGUGCUCACAGCCACUGCUUGGCUGCCAUCGAUGUUCAGGAAGUGUUGAUGAAUGUCAGUGGUGCCAUUUUUUCCACAUGGAGGAAUUUGGUGACACCUUGGCUUCAUCCAUGCUUCCAUGCCGGACGCCGCUCUGUCAGGCUGCCCCUCUGCUGCCAUCUGUCACACGGCAACAACAUGCAAUGGGGCAUUGGUGGCAAGGUUCAACCUCUACUGCCGUCCCACCAACAUCUGCCUCUGACAUCGUGGGACAGCAUGGUGAAAUAGGAGGCAUUACUUUCAGAGCCACCCUCAUAGGUACGAGCUGGGUGUGUUUUAUGGAGCCAAACUACAGUAUACUGUUUUUGUUAAGAGAAUCAGUCAUAAGUUAUGUAAUUUUUAUUGGUGGAUCUGGGGCCUCGUUUUUUUCUUAAUGUAUAAACAUAGAUUCUAUUCAAAUAGCAAAUAAGUAUAUAUAUACUAUAGCUAAUAUGUCUGCCAUUGUUAAAAUGAAGCCCUGUGGACACUGUCUGCCAUUUCUGUGGGAAUAAAGCCCUAUCAUGGGCUAAGUCCCAGUGAUACUCAUACAUAUCUGCUCAUAAGUACAAGAGGUGCUAAUGAGUUUUGAGUUGCUUCCACGUUGUAUUAGCGAGGUACUGCUAAUGGUGUACAGGAGCUGUACGUCUAUAAUGCAGCAGGUCAGAAGCCUGAGCAGCCUAUAGCUCUGCAUUCGUAUUUCCAAUUGUAAUUAUUUUCAGUCGUUUGAAGUUCUGGUUGCGUAUUCUGAAUGUAAGGAUAGGUUUAAAAAAUAAUUAAAAAAGAAGAGAUAUUGAGGAGGUCAGGAAAUCGUGCACCGAGGUGUUUAUGCAUUUAAUUUAUUUAUUUGUCCUUCGGUAGGAGCUGAGCCUCUGGUUCUAUCAUGUGUUUCCCUGUGUUGGCAAAAUUAGUAAUUAGUAAAAAUUAAAGAAGAAAAGAAAAAUUAAAGAAGAAAAAUUAGUAAAAAACCAGUGAAAUUAGUAAAACUCCUAUUUCAGUCCUCACCUAAGCUAAAGCAAGGAUCUCCCUCUUGAAACCCUCCAGUCAGAUGAGCCCAGCACUCACAAAUGUGACACGGCCGUGUUUCUGCUCUGCUGUUUGCUUUCAGGUAGGUCAGUUGAUCUCAAUCGUAGAAUAUAUCAGGUAUCAUUGCCUUCCAUUUGAAUUACAGUAAGGCUCAGUGCUGGGAAAUGAAAGAGCAAUGGUAGAGUCAUUUUUGGUGGUGCCUCCUAACGACUUGUGGAUUUCUUAGAUUAGAAAAUAAACAUCUAGAAGAUGAAGGCUGAUUGAAGUAUUGCAUAAGCCUUUCAUACACAUUCAUGUCAUCGUUGAGAUUUGCAUGAAACGAACUUCUGCAUGUUGUCAAGGAUAAGUCUGAGUUCCUCUUGGAUUUUCAGGGAAAAGUCCUUUCAGUAAUUCUUACUGGUGAGUCAAAACUACAAAAAGACUACAGUGAAUUCUUGACAGAAGCCAAAGCAGGGAGUUUGUGGAAUAACUUGGUUCUUAAGGGCUUUUCGACAUGCACAGCAAGCAGAGGACACAAAUCUGCAUUUAUACAGCACAAAUGGAGAGCAAGUGUGCUGUGGCAUCACAGAAAGCUGGUUACUGUUUAGUGGGGAUACUGGCAAGCUUUGCAGAGGUUCAUAGGUAGAAUCACUGAGGUUGGAAGAGACCACUGAGGUCAUCUAGUCCAACCAUCAGCCCAUCAGGGCUGCAUUUAUGCGGGGCUUUGUGUGAAAACUGUUUAUCUUUACAACUCCUGUCCUCCUGAUGAAAGGUGUUUCUUCCCAGUGAGAAACACAGCACCCUUUUAUCAGGGCGAAGGGAAGAGAGACACGAGGAAUGAAGUCCCUCGCUCAGCACUUGCCCUCACUUCACAAGUGUGCAUUUUGUCUUUUCCAUUAAUGCUUGGGUGAACUUGCCAGUAAGAGCCUCCGUGCCUGAUAGAGGGAACACAUUUUGCUUCUUUUUUCCUUGAGAAAUAGUUUCAUUUCAUUGUCUCUCCUUGUCAAGUUGGGAGCCAUUACCAGGCCCCUAAUGCAGACAGUAUUUGCAAAAGAUGGUCAAAGGAAUAAUAAAUUAUCCUCACGUUGAAUGUUUGGAGACUGAAACCAAAGGAGGAAGAUGUUUCUGGCUAUUUUUUUUUGUUUGGUUUGGGUUUUGGGGGGGUUGGGGUUUUUUGGGUUGUUUUUUUUUGUUUGUUUGUUUGUUUUUGCUGCUGUCUGCCAAAGUCGUGUGUUGCCUGGAAUCCCUGGGUGUGCUUUGGCAGUGGUUUGGUGUUGGUGUGGCCACCAGAGCAGCAGAACAGGCUUGGUGCUUCUCUUCAGUCCAUGGGCUGGCUGGGGGAGAGGUUAUCUCAUAGCCCAGCAGUUGGACAUUGAAGAUCCAGUAGCUGCUUGGGGCUCUUAUGGAAAACUUAUCACUGUACCAUGAUUAAAGUCUUGGACCUCUGAAUGCAGCCCCUACAUGAGCUUGUACUAACUGUGAUGAAACCAUACCGACCUUGUUGAAUUGCAUGCAUGAGUUUUGUACUUUAUGGCGUGGUCAGGCUGCAGGAGGCACAGCAGAACAAGUCAGUAAACCAAGCACCUUCUGUUCGACUCAGGAUCAAACAGCAUCUCCUGAGUGCAAAGGCCGUGCGAUGCUUCGAUCCAUAAGGAAGAAAAUGUCGGUGGAACCAAGCACAAAUGCACAUAAUGCAUCAUGUUCAUUGACAGCCAGCCAGAAAAAAAAAUAAUCAGUGGUUUAUGGUAAUAGAAUUCUGUUCAAAAUAGCUUUUUUAUUAAGUCGGCUUAGAAAUGUUAAAAUGGUGGAGCCACAGACAAAAUAUUUGUUACCUUUUGAAACGAGUUACAAUGGUUUUGUCAUACUUGUACAAGUAUUAUAAGGUCAGUCUUUCUGUAUGUUUGUUUUACAGCUUGUUGUAGAAUAGUAUUUUAUGCAUAGCUGUUCCACUUGCCUGUGUAAGUUACAAAUUCAACAGAAAUUAAAGCAUGCAUUUUUCUCUGUUUGCUGGUAACCUAUGAGAUUAGAAACUUGUAUUUCUGUGUUUUUAAUGUGUUAUACUAUAAACAAAAUUCACAGCACUAUUGUCUA